AUGGAUUUCUACCUUCGAUGCAAUUCUCUCAAGUGUCGAGCCCAGUUGAAAGAGAGAGCAGUAGUCACGACCUGCUCACACAUCUUCUGUCUCCAAUGCGCGAGCGAUCUCGGUCUUUCGCAUCCUACCUCAGCCGAACGCCGGUGCCCCGCGUGCCAAACAAUCCUGGUCAACCCCGACGACGCCGUCGCCACCAUCCUCAAUCCAUCGGAAGACUACAAGACGAGCGUGCUCAGCGGGCUGGAUCCGAACACGAUCAUGGAAUGCGCCGGACGCGCUCUCCUGUUCUGGACCUACCAGACGACCCAGGAGAUCUUCUACCAGGAAUUCCUCGGCAAGACCCUGACAGAGAAGUACGCCAACCUCAACACGCAGAUGGACAAAGUGAUCCACAAUGCCAACUCAGAGAUCUCAGCCCUCCAAGCCCGGCUCUCAGACAUGCAAACCACGCAAGACCAACUCCGCAAGAAGAACCAAGACCUCGUCGACAUGUACCGCGAGAAAUGCAACCGCUUCACGCAGAUCACCAACCUUUACAACCUCCUGAAAUCCCGCGCUAUGAAGUCGCAGAUGCAGACCGCCGCGUCGGAUUCGGUGCAUCGCACGCUGAGCUCGCUUGUGCCGCCCGCGCCGAGGACGACGGCUACCCCUGCGCACGCGGCACCAUCGGGACACUCGAUGUUCCCGCAGACGCCAAUACAUCGCUACCCGGUUGACCAUGCAGGCGUGGAGCAGCUGCACCGACACCAGCGGAGCGGGACGGGGAGUUCCUCGAGGGGUGGGGCGAGAGCCAAACGGAAGGCGGCGGAGGAGGAUGCAGCGACUAUGCCCCCGCCGGCGGCGUUGAGGAGGGGGACACUCGGUGAUCGGGAUAGGCAUCGUGCGUGCUUUCUUUACCCUUAA